GAGGUGGAGCGCACAGUGGACGUUCUGCUCACUGCUUUCCGCUAUGCUCCUUUCAUGCAGAUUUUGGUCGGCGGCGAUUUGUCGCUACUCCCCGUUUACUACGGCGCCUCGGUCAAGUCUGGUAUCAUUGGAGGUCAUGUUGUUGUCGCUGGCUCUUCUCCCGAAGUUAUCACAGGUGCCGCGGUUUGGUAUGCACCCGGACAGAAAUCCUUCGGGACCGACGAGCAACGUGCAGACCUUACUAACUUCAUGCAGAUGAUGCCCGAUAGCUUGAGAGAAUGGUGGACUAAUUAUCUCAAUCCCACAUACACAGAUUUCACGAACGAGUUGCUUGGAGCCGAUUAUAAGGAGUCGGCGUGGUACCUACAGCUCAUGGGUGUCGAGCCCGGGUUUCAAGGUCAUGGUAUCGGCUCUGCGUUACUGCGCUACGGAGAAAUCCUGGCGCGCAAGAUAGGGAGUCCAAUCAUUCUCGAGACCACCAGCGAAAAGGCUGUUGGUUUUUAUAAGCAUCUGGGCUUCGCUGUUCGGGGAGAAACCGUCAUUAAUAGCCCAAGAGGUGACACCAAGGCCUAUGUCCUUACCAAAGAGACGAAGUAG